AUGAAAUCUUCGAAUGUUAGUGAUUUCCAACCUCAAAGUUGGCAAACAUCUUCGAAUGAAGCGUUAAAGAUUUCGUUAAUUGGGAAAGAUGUUCAAGCUGGAGCCAUUCAAUUCCCACCGACUUUCACAUAUCCGAUCUUUGGAGAUGAUGAAACGAUAUACGGUUACAAAGAUUUAGUGAUCCAUUUAGUGUUUGAUUCCAUUACGUAUAAGCCAUUUCUAAAUGUUAAAUAUUCUGAAAAAUUAAACGAUGCAAUCGAUCCGCAAACGGAUAUAAUUGAUAAGAUAACGCCUUUUUUACCUGCAAAUGAUUAUAUCUUGAGAGAUGAAUUACAAUGGGUUGACAGUUUCCAUUCUGAGAGAGAAUCGUUUAAUUUGAUGUUGCUUUGUGAAAAGAUUGAUGAAUAUAAGAAAGAGGAUAAAUCGUAUGGUAUAUAUCGAGUACCAAUCGGUGAAUUAAUUCAGAAGGAUAAAGAUUCUCCAUUAAUUAAAUUUUGGUUAAGAAUUCAAAUUUUUACGUUAUUAUAUAUUGAAGCUGCCACGUAUUUAAAUUUAGAAGACGAACCACGUUGGGUAAUUUACUUAUUGUUUAAUGAAGAAGAUCAAACUUUAAUUGGAUUUGUCACUACGUAUAGUUAUUGGGAUUAUCAAGGUCAUGAAUCGUUUGAUAACAAAGCGACUAAAUUAAAAUUCAAUGAAAAGAUAUCGCAAUUUCUAAUCAUGCCGCCAUACCAAGAGCUUGGCCAUGGGUCGUCAUUGUAUCAGUCGUUGUACUCGUAUUGGUUUAAACAAGAUACGGUGAGUUGUAUCACUGUCGAGGAUCCGAAUGAGCAGUUUGAUGAUUUAAGAGAUCGUAAUGAUUUAAAGAUAUUGAGUUCCACAGGAUUUUUCGAAGAGUUGAAGAAGAAAUGUAUGGAUGAGCAAGAAGUUAAAUUUGUUAGUGAUGAGUGGAUUGAACUGAAACGUCAAGAAUAUAAAUUUGAGAAAAGACAAUUUAAUAGAUUAAUUGAGAUGAUUUUAUUAAUUGAGAAGAAGAAUAUGUUGUUUAUUAGACAAGUGAAAAGACGCAUCUGGUUAAAGAAUUAUGAUUCGUUGUGCGAACUUGAAGAUAGUGAGCAACAAUAUAAAGCAAUUAAUGAUUCAUAUUUGUUAGUUAAAGAGGAUUAUGAACGAAUCAUCCAAGCAUGUAAAUUUUAA